UUAAAUUGCCCACUGUCGACAUGCCAUCAUUGGAUCUCUCACUACCCAAAAUGAAGUCUCCAGAUGUAGAUGUCACCCUUGAGGGUCCUGAUGUCAAGGGAGGGACGAUCGAAAUUCCAACUGCUGAUGUUUCACUUCCUAAAGGAAAAGUGGAGGGUGACAUAAAUAUCGAAGGCCCUGAGAUGAAAGGGGGCAAUUUCAAAAUUCCAAAAUUUGAUGUUUCUUUGCCUAAAGUCAGUCUCCCAGCAGGUGGUGUAAAAAUAAAGGGCCCUGAUACUAAAGGUGGGACAAUUGAGAUACCUGACAUUGAUAUUUCACUCCCUAAAGCAAACGCACACGGAGAAAUUGACAGGCAUUCUGGAAAGGGUGGAAGGUUUCAUAUGCCAUCUGUCUCUCUUCCUAAAAUCAAAGCAAAGGGACCUCAAUUCAACAUAGAAGGUGCAUAUCCAGCGUUUGAGAUUUUAGUACCUGAAGGAAAAGCUGAAGGUGACCUCAACAUCGAAGGUCCUGGCAAUAAAGGAAGCAAAUUCACAAUGCCCAAAGUUGAUAUUUCACUUCCAAAAAUGAACUUCCCAGAAGGUGAUAUCAAAGUGCAAGGACCCAACGUGAAGGGAGAAAAGGUCACAGUUCCAGAGGGUAAAGUGGAGGGAGAUAUCAAUAUUGAAGGACUCUCUGAAAAAGGAAGGUUUGAUAUCCCAAAGGUUGAAGUUGAUAAAAAAGGAGGUGGAUUCCACAUGCCAACUCUUGACAUAAAUCUUCCCAAAUUUGACCUUGACCUCAGCCUGCCCUCUGGUAUAAAAGCUAAAGGCUUCAAAGUUGAUACUCUAAGUCCUGAUGCAUCUGGAGAUUUGGAGAUGUCUGGUCUUACAGGAGGCCUUAAUCCUACCAAAUUGGAAUUUAAGAAUGAAGAUAUAGAGACAGGUGGUCUAGAAGGUCCAGGUGCAUCCCUAAAACUUCCCACAGUAAAACUACCAACAGUUGACAUCUCAGCUCCAAAGAUGGAUCUCAAUUUUGGCCUUACAAAACCCAAAGGUGAUGAUGUGGAAGUAGAACUUCUGAAAGCAGAAGGAGGAAGGCCUUCUUCAGGGGGCAGCUUUGAUCUACCUAAUGUCUUCCUCAAAGCACCUAGUUUCACUCUUCCUAGGUUUGGGGGAAAGACAAAGAGCUGUAACUUAGAAAUACCAGGACCUAAGGCACAUACCUCACUCAGUUCACCACAUGUAGAAGGAGAGAUCAGAGCACCGUCGGUGGAGUUUGAUGGAGGUGGAAAAGUCAAGGUGAAAAAACCUAAAAUCAAACUGCCCUCAUUUGGCAUGUCCAAGAAGGCUGCAGAUGUAUCAGUCUCUUGUCCUGAUGUUGAUGUUAAAGUGAAAAAGGGAAAAAUUGACAUUCAUCAACCAGAUAUCAAUGUUGACAACUCAGAUGACAUGUCAAAAUACAAAAUGAGAUUUCCCAAGUUAAAAAUAUCAUCACCCAAACGUGAACUCCCAGAGGAAAGAGUUGAAGCAAAACUGGAUGCAGAUGUAGAGGCAAAAGGUGGCUUCCAUGCACCUGGCAUCUCUUUAAAACUGCCAAAGUUUUCUAUGCCAGGCUUUGUCUCUAAAGAAAAAGACCUAGGUAAGCCAAGUGGUGACCUUGAAGCUAAAACCAAGGUCAAGAUGCCUUCUGUUGAGUUGUCGCUACCAGCAGCUAAAACACCAGAGACUGAGGUUCUUCUCCCAAAAGCAGAAGUUGAUGUUACAGAGGCUGAUAUAAGAGGCUAUGAGGGAAACCUUAAAAUUCCCAAAAUGCCAACGAUUGAUGUUUCCCUCCCCAAAUUAGACCUUGAUGUGUCCUUACCCAGAGGAAAGUCUCCAAAGAUUGAAGGACCAGACCUGGAGCUAAAAGGGGGUGAUGGAAAAUUCAAAAUGCCUCAUUUUAAUAUGCCUGCACUUGAUGUUUCACUUCCAAAAGCAAAGACUGAUUCACCAGAUUUAGAAAUGAAGGAGAUUACAGAGGGAAAGUUAAAAAUGCCUCACAUAAAAAUGCCCAACGUUGACAUAUCGCUUCCUAAAGGAAAACUCAAAGGUACUGAGGCAGAAAUAGAAGUGGAUGGACAAGGAGAAGCAAAAGUCAAAACACCUUAUCUGAAAAUGCCCGAUGCUGAUGUCUCUCUGCCUAAAGGUCAGAUUGAAGGUCCAGAAAUAGAGAUUCAAGGAGAAGGUGGAAAAUUCAAGAUGCCACAUCUAAACAUGCCUUCUGUUGAUAUUUCAUUGCCCAAAGGGAAGAUUGGAGGUCCAGAUGUUGAAGUAGAAGGACAUACCAAAGGAAAAUUUAAGAUGCCUCACUGGAAAAAGCCAGAUGUUGAUGUCUCUCUAACCAAAGGACAGAUUGAAGGUCCAGAAGUGGAGUUAAAGGGGAAAGGUGGAAAAUUUAAGAUACCACAUCUAAGCAUGCCCUCUGUUGAUAUUUCACUGCCCAGCGGAAAGACUGGAGAUGCAGAGACUGAAACAGAAGGAAAUAAAAGAGAGAAAUUUAAAACACCACAAAUAAAAAUGCCUUCAGUUGAUAUUUCAGCACCCAAGGGAAAGAUUGAAGGUGCAGAUGUUGAAAUGAAUGUUGAUGUUUCUCUACCUAAAGGAAAAGUUGAAGGUCCAGGAGUUCGAGAUGUGGAGAUCAAAGGAGAAGCUGGAAAAUUCAAGAUGCCCCACAUCAAUAUGCCUUCAGUUGAUAUUUCACUACCUAAAGGAAAAACAGAAGGUGCAGAGAUAGAGCUGGAAGGAGGUGCAGGGGGGGGGAUCAGAAUGCCUCAUGUCAAAAUGCCAGGUUUUAACGUCUCUGUACCCAAAGGAAAAUCUGGCAAAAUUGAAAGAGAGAUGGAAAUUGAGGGAGAUGGCAGCAAAAUGCCACAUAUGACAGUGCCUUCAGUCAAUAUUUCACUUCCAACGAGAAAGACUGAAGGUGCCAAUGUUGCAAUUAAGGGUGAGGGAGGAAUAUUCAGGAUGCCAAAAGUUGACAUUUCUCUUCCUAAAGGAAAACCUUCAGUGCAAGGUCCUGAGGCAGAUAUUGAGGGAGAUAGAGGAGAGUUCAAGAUGCCAAAUGUGGGCAUAUCACUUCCCGAGGGAAAAGUAAACAUUGAUACACCAGCAGAGAAAAUGGAGACAGAGGGAGGAAUCAUCAAACUGCCAGAUAUCAAGAUGCCAAAAGUUGAUAUUUCACUCCCGAAAGGCAAAAGUAAAGGUAGUGAUGUACCUGUUGUAGAGAUGAAAGUAACCAGUUCUGAUAUUAAAGUUCCAGAGGGAAAAAUACUACUGCCAGUGGCUAAAACCACUGAAGCAGAGAUUAACUUACCAAGUGGUAAGGCUGAUCUGGACACUGGGGCUAUUGGAGGAGCUGAUUUGCAUUUUGAGGGUGAGCACAAAGGCCUAAAAUUCAAAGUGCCAACAAUAGAUAUCAAAGGUCCAAAAGGAGGCUUAGAACUUGAUGUUGGACUUCACAAAGGGGAGGGCAAAAAGGACAGGAAAAAAGUUGAUCUACCUGACUUAGAUGUCACUACAGAAACCAGCGGCAAAGUAAAAGGGCCUAAAGUCAAAGGAACAAAAUUCAAGAUUGGAAUGCCAAAAAAGAAAAACGGUGGAGAAAGAUUUGAGUAUUUUGAAGUUGAAACCCAGAAUGGUCAUAAAGAUGACAAAGAUCAUGUUAACCAUCCAGUACCAGAAGUUACAUUACCAAGUGUAAGUCUAAAAGCAGAAGUGAAAGGAGAGGGUGGCUCCUCAUCUCCGCAUGCAGGAAUCAGAGUCCCCAAAAUACCAGACAUAGAGUUUGAUAUUGGCUCAUCUCAAGGUGGAGAUGACAGCAAAACAGAAAAAGGCAAGAAAAUCAAAAUCCCUAAGUUUGGCGUCCCAUUACCCUCCCUAUCCUCACCAGAGGAAAGUGUGAAUGUCCAUGGGCCAGAAAUUCAGUAUGAGGGCCCUAAAAUGCCUAAAGUAAAGAAAGCGGUUUUUGUCUUGGUAGACACUCCUCCAACAAAUGAGCCUGCUACAAGCACAAGUCCCUUAAAAGGGGAAGCAAUGGCUGAGGCUGAGACAGAGAAUGUCAAAGUGAAGAUGCCCAAAAUCAAAAAGAAGCCAAGCUUUGGAAAGUCCAAAGAAAAGUCAGCUGCUGCAAGUGCAGAAAAAGAAGGGGCAGAAGAAGAAAAGUCAAAGGGGGGAAGAAUAAAGAUGCCUAAAGUGUCAUUUUCGUCUGGCAAAUCUGCAUCAUUUGGUGGUGACACUGUCAAAAGAGAAGGUUCAAGUUCAAGUCUCAAUGGUGAAAGCCCUCACAAGGGCUCCAAGGAAGAGAAGGUGGCAUUCAGUGGUAAAAUCAAACUCCCAAAGGUGGAGUUCACCAGUCUAUAUGGGAAGGCGGGUGCAAGAGGAGCAGACAUGGAAACAAGUGGGGAACUGGGAAAGCAUUCAUCACCAGAAGAAGUACAAUCAAGCACAAUGUUACCAGGGGGUUUCACUGAGGAGCCUUUGAAGGAUUUGGUGUCUUCUCGUGCCAGAACAGAAAUGCUGGACAGGGACAGCUCAGAGUCCCCUUCUGGUUUUGCCACAGAGUUCACCUCAACAAAGUUUCAAGCUUGGAGCAAGGUGGAGAGCAAAAGCAGGGAGUCAGAAGAGAGAGAGUCUUCCUCAUGGUUUAAGGUCCCAAAGGUCACCUUGAAGCCACAUGCCACAGGCUUCCUCCAGAUAACUCCAGAGGCUUCUCCUCAGGCCCAGCGGAAAGGUGAGGUAGGGGGUGAGGCAGAUGUCUCCGGGUCUUUCUGCCUCCACACCUCAGGGCUCGACUUUACCACCUCGCAAAUGACCGAAGAGCACCAAAUCUCUUCCUCCGAGGAGGGAACUGUCACCAUGGUGACAAAGACUACCAGAAUCACCCAGCACCUGGCUGAAACACGAACAGACGAGUCUUCAACGACCACAGCAACAACAAAAACAACAACAGCAGCUCACCAGGUGUCAAAGUACUGAAGAUGCUGGAAUGGUAUCUUUAAUGUAUUUUACUUUUCUUGUUAUUGUUGUUUUGUUUUUCUGUGAGGUUGCAGUGUUAAUAUAAAGUAAACCUCUAAUAAAAGCACAGUUUAUCCUCAAAUUAAUUAUACAUUUGUUUUUCUUCUGACCUGUAGUGCUGUUUAUCUACUGAACUUUUUUGAACUGAUUAUUUGUGGGCUCCGUGCUCCAGCUAAUAUCACCAAAACUGGGCAACUCUAACCAAAUCAAUUUAGAUGGAUAAAUAGUACCAGAGGAACACCAUGUAUAUUAAUUUGGGGUUCAUCUGUGCCUUAACAUUAAAAAAAAAUUAUAUUUUAAUAGAUGAUGUAUGAAUGUGAUGAACUACAAUAACAUUACAUCAAGUGGUAUUAUUGUCAUUAUUACAGCUAAAGGUUACUAUAUACUUCCUUUCCUCAUCUUACAUGUGACGACGUUUUUUCUUACGGUUUGUUAGUUUAGUCCAAGUUAUUUAUCAGAUUUUGUUUGGUUUUUAAAGGUUUCACUCUGAAUGUAAACAUGUCUGACUGCUUCAUUAUUUAUUUUUGUUUUUGUGUUUGAAAUGCGCUGGAAAGAGUCUUUUACUCACAUCGACUUCAUGGUUCAGGAUUCAGUUUCAUGAUCAUUUAAAAAUAUUUCAUUAUGAACCAUCACAACGUAGGCCAGAGGAAUAUUUAUGUAAAUAAAACAAUAUAAUUGCUUUUUUUUGAAGCUGUUUCAUUUUCAGUUCAUAAUGUAUUUUCAUAUU